CAUCAAAGAUGUCACGAUGACUCCAUAUCAGACAUGUCAGAAGAAAUUAGGUCCAUCCACAGUGGCGAUAACUUGGAGCCACCCAGAUCACACAAGAAAUACUCAGUGCAUAAAUUCCCUUCCAAAAAGUCAGCGAGCAAGGUUCAUUCAGUUGGAUCACUCGUUUGCAGGAUAUGCCACACAAACACGGUUAACGAGGGCCUAAUAUCGCCAUGUAACUGCAAGGGAUCGCUCGCCUACGUGCACCUGUCCUGCCUGGAGCGAUGGCUGAAUCAGUCCAGUCGGAGUUACUGCGAACUUUGUAUGUACAGAUACAGUGCCAUUGAAACAAAACGCUACAAGCUAUGCGAAGGUAUCCGGUUGUGGAUCAAGCAUCCUCGCAACAUGCGUCAAUUCAAGUCAGACUUGGUCAUCGCGUCACUGUUGACAUUGGUGACAUCUGGCUUGAUAGCGUCCAGCCUUUUUGGCAUGGAAUACUUUGUUAUAGAGGGCAGCAAGGUGGGUUUACAGCGCAAGUGGAUCAGAUUGACUAUAUGUUUGUUCCUGCUAAUUGUAAUGGUCGGUUACCUCAUCACUAUCUACCUAAUCGCUAGGGAUCAGCUGCUGCCUUGGUACAGAUGGUGGACCAAAACUGUAGAUAUAAGACUCUUACUACCUCCCAGUAUUUGCAUGAAAAUGUUGGUUAAGAAGAGAGAAGGCUCGGUACAAGUGUGACCAACCUGAAUAAAUCUGAAGCUGCAGAAUAUGAUGCCAGCUACACACAUCCAAUCAUUAUUGGUGUAUUUUUUAAUUCACCGGUUGAGCAACCGGUGCCACCGGUGGACCAGACAUCUGUCCUUUUAAUUCAACCGGUUGCUGCCAUCACCAUACAAAGCUGUCAACAGUGUCAACCAUAAGCAGGGCAUCCAUCAGUGGUGGAAUCAACCGGUGAAUUAAAGAAUCCACCUUAUUUUACUGGCGUAAAUUAUCUGCAUUCGUUCUUUUGAUCUAACUUGAAAGAUGCUGUUCAGAUCUUCCGAAAUGUACAGGUACAUUUCCAAAUCUCUUCUAAAGAAUGAUAUCGUAACGACAUUUCGGAUGAAAUAUGAUUUCGCUAAUUGAAUUCUGACAUGCUCAUUGUAAAAUAAAUUAUCGGAAACGCAGAAGAUUCAUGUGAUAUUAUACAUAUACAAUUUUUUA